GAGGCUGCGAGGGGCUCAGACUGAAAGCUAAAAGAGAGAGCUUGAGACACACUUGGGCUGCCUUCAAUUCUGAAUUAUGGCCUUUAGCAGAGAGAGCAAAGAAAACCUUGACGAAUACAAGAAGUCAGAAGAAAUCUGCGAAGAAAUAAUUGGCAUUGAAGGCAUAGUUGAUGAAGAGGCCAAAGAACAAUGUCAGAAACAAAAGCACAAAAUGAAAAUACCAAAAAAUUUGAAAAUCAAAAAUAUUAUAAAACACAAAAAGAAUCCAAAAUCUGAAGCUGCUCUCAGCUCCGAGGAACUGUUAGAAGUGGACCUUGACACCAUUGAAGGCACAGUAGAGUCUACUGGUGAUUCUGAAGUGAGAUGUCAGAAACAAAAAUUCAUAAUCAAAAUAUCAGAAAAAAUUAAAAUUCUUGACUUCAAGAAACGGCAGAAGAAUUCAAAAUCCCCUGGAACUCCAUCAGUGGAAUUGGAUUUCAAAGAGAACCUUGAGCAGAACCGUUUGGCUGAAGCACAGCAACAGCUGGUGAAAGCUGAGGAAUGUCUCUUUGGUUCAAAAGAAGUGGGCAGGACAGAAGAUGAGGAAGACAAGCUUCAUAUUGACUAUGAGAUCUUUAUUUUGCACCUGAGAUUGGCCAUCUAUGACUCCUUCAGUGAGGACAGCAAGGAGACGCUCAAGAGUGCUUUGACUUCAAUACUUAAAGAGGAGGCACAGGACAGACGCUGGAUGGAAGUUUCCGAGGAUCAACGCCCAAAAUGGAGGCCCACGGGGUGCAGACAGAUCCAUGACACAUUACUCCAGACUACCGUGGAGGAACGAAUGAAGAAUGCAGAUGAAGAGGAGAAUAAUACAGAUAUACUGUCUACCUCCUUGAAGAGAGAGGUGUUCCGAAUGGGCAAAAUAGUGCAGAAAGAUCUGCUCAGAGUGGUCCGAAAUCUGAGAGAGUGUUACCCACCGGACUUUGACAUCUGCAGAACAUAUGCUCAGCUCUACCAUCAAACCUUUUCCACCAGACUUCAAGAGCUUGCCAGAUCCAAAAUCAGUUCUGAGGACUGCCUCUAUAUAUUAAGUUGGAUUGUGGAGUACUACCCAAAAGACGUAUUGAAGCAUAAAGAACUAGAGGAGCACAUCAACAGUUCAUCACUUGGACCUCUGUUACCCGAAGAAGACCUUAAGAGAUUAGAGGAACAGUACUUUUCCUACAAAGAGAACGAGAUCAGAAACUGGUUAUCCAAUGCUUUAGAGAAAGAAGCGGAAAAAUGGAGUGAUGGCAUCGAACCAGAGCUGAUGGACGGAUACUACUUCAGUAACCUUGCUAUUGAUGUUUUACCACUUGUUGAUGGGGCUGUAAAAGAUGUCAACACACUUUUGAGUUGUGAAAGUAAAGCCCGGAGUUUUCUAAACCAGCUGGACAGCUUUCUUCAGAGCUAUAAAACAAGUCUGGAGGAGUUGGUCAAAAGAAAACAAGAAAACAUUCCUAAAACUCUCUUUGCUACUCUGGUUAAUAUUUACCAGUUUAGGGAUUAUGUACAAAAACCAGAACAUCCUUUCACAGAGGACACUAGAAAAGCUUGCCUUUCCACAUUAGCAGAUCUCAAAAACAUUUGUCACAGAUACUUCCUCAGUCAUAUUCACACAGAACUGAAGCCGCUGUACCGUAAACUGUGGACUCCAGUUUGGUUCGCUGGACAUUGUGAGGUUGUGGAGGAGCUGGUGAAGGCGCUUGAGAGUAACAUAGACAAUUUCAAAGAGCUAAAGUCUGUCUGCAGAGAGGAGCUAAUGGCUGAGCUGCAUCUAGAAGUAAUGGUUGAAUAUGUGAGGCGAAUGAUGAAGAGAAAAUUGAAACUGAAAGACAAAGAGCAGCAAGAAGCAGCUGCUGAGUUCAUCUGCCACGACAGCAAUCAAAUCUGCUCUGUGUUUGCCAGAGUGGGAUGCAGAGAGGAAUGGUUCUGUCAAAUUCUGCCCAAAUUAUCAGAGAUUCUGAGACUGCAGGAUCCUGGGAGUUUACAACUUGAGAUUGUUACUCUGGCAAGAGACUAUCCUGACAUGAGUGAGCAGCAUAUUAUUGCUCUCCUAAACCUAAAGACCAACCUUUCAAGCUCAGAUCUGCGCAGGAUCAAAAAGUGUCUGAGUGAAAACAGAGGCACACUGGACACUCUGGAGUCCUCUACUUCCAUCUUCUUCUCUAAAGUACUAAUCAAAUGGAAAAUCAUCUAAAUGCCAUGUUACAUCUAUGGCAAUGUUAAACAACUGUGAUUCAUACUGUGAUACAUAAUCAGUGUUGUUAUGUAAUAUUUAUUCAAAAAAAAUGUAUGGUAUUAUUCUGUUAUUCUCAGCUGAUUUCACACUGUUUUCCAAAAAUCCUCUAAUUCCCUUCUUUACUUAUCAAGUGGAAAAUCACCCGAAUGCCCUGUAACAUCUGUAGCUAAUCGUAAAUACUUGUGAAGCAUACUGUGAUACAAAAUCAGUAUUAUCCAUUCAUCUGUCCAUUUUCCAUACCUGCUGCAGGGUCGUGGGGGGAUGGAGUCUGAACGGAUGGCCAGUAUAUCAGUAUUAUUUUAUGUAAUAUUUGUUAUGAAAACUCAUAUCAGUUACGAGUCAUAUUAUUCUGUUACAGUAUUGUUCAAAAAUAAGGUCAAGAACAAUGUGUUUUGAAAUUUAUAUUUAAUCAAAACAUUUUUGAAUAUGGCAGAACAGAAGGUUUUAUUUAUUUAUUUAUUUAUUGCACCAAAUUUGUGUAAAACCAGUUGAGAAAAUCUGUGAAAUGCCAUAAAACUAGAUGGUAAACUCAAAUGUAAAAAUAAGUGUAUAUUAUAAUGUAAAGUGCUUCAUCUGAAUGCAUGUUCAAAGCUCUAAAUACAGUAAAUGUCAUUUUAAACUAAAUACGAUGAGAGCUGCUUAGAAAAUACGCUUUUUUAAAACUUCUGCAAAGUGCUCUUCAUUUGCCUCCAGUAGCUAAAUAAACUGUUUAAAUUUGUCUUGUGUAAGGUAAGUAUAAAAGGGAUAACAAGAUCAACAAAUCAUUCUUCAUUAUCUAAUACGGAUAAUAAAAAAUAUGGUCAGUUUACUUAGUUUUGUCAUGGCAUAAUAACUCAUGGGAGGGAGCAUGAUAUUAUGUUGUGGCCACAAGAUCAUUUUAUUGAGGUAAUGACAUCCAUAUGACAUGGCAUCAGGAUGUUAUGUUAAAAUAAAUACACUUUUGAUCCAUUAGAUGUCAGUUUAAUUGAUACUGUGGUGUCUAGUUCAUUCAGCAACUAAUGGAUGUUCUUUCAUUUUAUUCAUUAAGCAUGUACACUACCAAUCAAAAGAUUGGGGUGGGAAAAAUCUUGUAUUG